AUGGCAGCCAUGGAUGGAGAGCCGUCUAUGGUGAGCCUGGAGUCGCUGCCGGCUGAUCCCCUGCUUAUCAUCUUUUCUCUUUUGGACUAUGGAGACCUUGUCAAUUGUUGCCUUGUCAAUCGACGAUUUAAUCAGAUAGCAAGUUAUGAUCUGCUGUGGAGAAAGUACUGUACAAAGUAUUGGUUGAUAACUGAGGAAGAGAAAGUACGGAAGAAUGAGUGCUGGAAAUCUCUCUUCAUAGACUUUUAUUCUGAUGUAGGAAGAUACAUUGAACAUUAUGCUGCCAUUAAAAAGGCCUGGGAUGAUCUUAAGAAAUAUUUGUGGGCCCGGUGCCCUUUGAUAGUUUUGUCUCUGAAGGAUGGCCUUCGUGAGGAAGACCUUGAUGCCAUUGAGGCCCAGAUUGGUUGCAAGCUUCCGGAUGAUUACCGGUGUUCAUUCCGUAUCCACAAUGGUCAAAAAUUAGUGGUUCCUGGGUUGUUUGGAAGUAUCCAACUGUUAAAUCACCAGCGCUCUGAAGAUUUUUUAGAUGCUUUGGUGGCUGCUGGAGGAUUCCAGCCAAAACGGGGACUGAAAUACUGUCUGCCUUUAACUUUCUGUGUACAUACUGGCUUGAGUCAAUACCUAGCUGUGGAAGCUGCAGAAGGCCGAAACAAAAAUGAAGUUUUCUACCAUUCUUCAGAGCAAAUGACUCACACUUCUAAUAUUGAAAUGUUUAUCACGGGUUCUUCUUUUACUGAAUGGUUUACUUCUUAUGUCAAUAAUGUUGUAUCAGGUAGAUUCCCUGUCAUCAGAAACCAAAUUUUGAGAUAUAUGCAGGAUCCGGAGUGUGUGGCAACAACAGGUGACAUUACAGUUUCAGUUUCUACAUCGUUCCUGCCAGAACUCAGCUCUAUAAACCCACCGCAGUAUUUCUUCUCAUACCGGAUCAACGUUGAAAUGUCAAGUGAUGCACGUCCUGAUGAGGUUUGUCAUUUGUACAGUCGCUGUUUGAGAGCAACCAAUGCUAAUGGAAAUAUGGAAGUUCUUCAAGGGCCUGGAAUAGAGGGUGAGCUUCCAACUCUCACCGCAGGUGAGGAGUAUGAGUACAUUGGCUGUACCACAUUCAGUACAACAUCAGGCUAUAUAGAAGGAUAUUACACCUUCUAUUUACAGCGCCGUAAAGACAGGCUCUUUCGUGUUACCGUGCCCCGAUUCUACCUGGAAUGUCCAAAAUUCAAGGUGUUUAGAGCCAGAUAA